AUGGCGCACCUGGGGCUGGCAUCGCACGACCUGCACGGCUCCAUCCUGCUGCGCGACAGCCUGGACCUGCAGGCCUCCUUCCUGCUGGCCCAGCUGAUAAAGACAGCGCUGGAGGGAGGCGCCGAUGCGGCGGCGCAUGUCGGCCCAGCGGCGGCGCCCGCCGCUCGCUGCCGCCGCCGCGUGGUGCUUCUCGCUGCGCAGCAGGCAGCCUCCCACUACGCCCAGGUGCUGCGCAAGGCGGGCCUGCAGGUGCCCGCGCUGCUCGCCAGCGGCCAGCUCACGGUCCUCGACCUGCUGCCCUCGCUGGGCUCGGGCCUGCCGCCCCUCCACGCCCUGCACCGCCAGCUGGCGGCGGCGGUGGCCAGCGGCGGCGGCGGCGGCGACGGCGGCGGCGGCCACGCGUGCCUGGUGGCUGAUGACCUGUCGAGCCGACAGGACUGGGAUACCUUCCUGCACGCCUGCAUAGUGCUGGGCCAGGCCCCCGGAUGCUGCUUCAUUGGGCUAGCGCACGGCGACGUGGCGGCAGGCGAGGGGUGGCUGGCACGGCUGGAGCACGCAGCCACGCUGGUGCUGGAUGUGGAGCCGCUGGAGCCGGGCAGGCCGGGCGCUGGCAGCAGCGCCGGCAGGCUGGCCAUCACUCGGCGGGAUGCAUGCCAGGCGACGGCAGCCGCGGCGGCAGGCCACGGCUUCAUGACCGCGCCCGUGGCGCGCAACGUGCUGCGCGGCGCGGCCUGCGGCGUGGGCUGCCCCCACUGCUGCAACUUUGGGGGCCCCGGCACCAGCUCCGCCGGCGGCCGCCUGACGUGGCCCGCCUCUGCAGCACCCGCCUGCGGCACCCUGGAUCUCAACACCGCCGGCCCCGUCAUGGGCAGCAAUGCGCCCGGGGCAGUCAUCAAGCUCACCAUCUUCAUCUCGGCGCAGCACGGUGGGCGCCACCUGUUCCGCCUCUGCCCCGGCCCCGACGCCACCAAGCCCUGCUUCACGCAGCACACGCUGCAGCGGGUGGACGGCUCCGGCCCCUACGUGUGGACCCCUCUUCAGGGCGGCCCCGUGCCCGAGGCCGAGUACAGCCAGGGCGUGCGGUCGGGAGUGAGCGGCGAGCUGUACACCUGGCGCUUCCGCCUGCCGGAGGGCGUGGCCUGCGAGCGCUGCGUGCUGCAGUGGUGGUGGACGACUGCCAACAGCUGCCGCGUGCCAGGUGCGCCGGGCUACGUUGGGGGCGACCCAGGCAUGUCAAUGUGCAACACGCCAGGCCCCUUCCCAGAAGAGUUCUACAACUGUGCCGACAUCCGCAUCGCCCCCGGCGGGUCGGACGCCGGCGACGCGCCCUGGCGCCCCUGGCCGCAGUUCCCGCUGCCGGUGGCGCUGCAGCAGGAGCUGGCGCGCGGCAGGACGGGAUCCACGGCCGAGCCUACCACCGCCGAGUUGCUGCAGAUGCAGCAGCAGGCUGGGCAGCAGCAGCAGCAACCGCAGCAGCAGCAGCAGCAGCAGCAGGCGGGUGGGAUGGGCCCCCGCCCGCGUGUGGGGCCCAUCCUGGGGCCGCCAGACGGCCUCCCCGCCGACGUGCUGGCUGCCCUGGCCGCCCUGCGCGGCACCGUGGACGAGCCCUGGGCCACGCACCUUUGCAGGGGGUAUGGCAAUGGCGUCUCCGCAUCCGGCCGCUACUUCUCAGUCCAGCGCGACUGCUCCCUCUUCCUGACCUGCGGCCCCUCCGAGGGCUGGAUCCUGGCAUGCCCCCAGGGCCUGCUGUGGGACGACACGCAGAAGAGCUGCAACUUCCCCGCCCUCACAGAGUGCGGCAGCCGCCCACCCCUCCCUGCACCGCUGCGAGAGCGGGAGCUUUGUUAUGUGCCUGGAGCAGACAUCCGCAAGCCACAGGGCAUUGCAUUGUCAAUUGUGGCAUUCUGA